GAGUUGCCAAGCACCAGGGCCGCGGAGAUGUCGUCUUCGUCGCCGCCGGCGGGGGCUGCCAGCGCCGCCAUCUCGGCCUCGGAGAAAGUGGACGGCUUCACCCGGAAAUCUGUGCGCAAGGCGCAGAGGCAGAAGCGCUGCCAGGGCUCGUCGCAGUUCCGCAGCCAGGGCAGCCAGGCGGAGCUGCACCCCUUGCCCCAGCUAAAAGAUGCCACUUCAAAUGAACAACAAGAGCUUUUCUGUCAGAAGUUGCAGCAGUGUUGUAUACUGUUUGAUUUCAUGGACUCUGUUUCAGAUUUGAAGAGCAAAGAAAUUAAAAGAGCAACAUUGAAUGAACUGGUUGAGUAUGUUUCAACUAAUCGUGGUGUAAUUGUUGAAUCAGCGUAUUCUGAUAUAGUAAAAAUGAUCAGUGCUAACAUCUUCCGUACUCUUCCUCCAAGUGAUAAUCCAGAUUUUGAUCCAGAAGAGGAUGAACCCACGCUUGAGGCCUCUUGGCCUCACAUACAAUUGGUGUAUGAAUUCUUCUUGAGAUUUUUGGAGAGCCCUGAUUUCCAGCCUAGCAUUGCAAAGAGAUACAUUGAUCAGAAAUUUGUACAACAGCUCCUGGAGCUUUUUGAUAGUGAAGAUCCCAGGGAACGUGACUUCUUGAAGACUGUUCUGCAUCGAAUUUAUGGAAAAUUUCUUGGAUUAAGAGCAUUCAUCAGAAAGCAAAUUAAUAACAUUUUCCUCAGGUUUAUAUAUGAAACAGAACAUUUUAAUGGUGUUGCUGAACUCCUCGAAAUAUUAGGAAGUAUUAUCAAUGGCUUUGCACUGCCACUGAAAGCAGAACAUAAACAGUUUCUAAUGAAGGUUCUUAUUCCUAUGCAUACUGCAAAAGGAUUAGCUUUGUUUCAUGCUCAGCUAGCCUACUGUGUGGUACAGUUCCUGGAGAAAGAUACAACUCUAACAGAACCAGUGAUCAGAGGACUGCUGAAAUUUUGGCCAAAAACAUGCAGUCAGAAAGAGGUGAUGUUUUUAGGAGAAAUUGAAGAAAUCUUAGACGUCAUUGAACCAACACAAUUUAAAAAAAUUGAAGAGCCACUUUUUAAGCAGAUAUCCAAGUGUGUAUCUAGUUCUCAUUUUCAGGUUGCAGAAAGGGCAUUGUACUUCUGGAAUAAUGAAUAUAUUCUUAGUUUAAUUGAGGAGAAUAUUGAUAAAAUUCUGCCAAUUAUGUUUGCCAGUUUGUACAAAAUUUCCAAAGAACACUGGAAUCCGACCAUUGUAGCACUGGUAUACAAUGUGCUGAAAACCCUGAUGGAAAUGAAUGGCAAGCUUUUUGAUGACCUCACUGGCUCAUACAAAGCUGAAAGACAGAGAGAGAAAAAGAAAGAAUUGGAACGUGAAGAACUGUGGAAAAAAUUAGAAGAGCUAAAGCUAAAGAAAGUUCUAGAAAACCAGAACAGUACUUAUAGCACGGACAGUAUUCUCAGCACUGCAAGUGCUGAAUAAAAAAAAAAAGCCUAUCUCCUCUGCUGGAUAGGCAGUUUUGUAUACUUUUUUGAAAUAUGUAAAAAUUACCAAAAAAACCUCAUCAGUAUAAUAUAAUUAAAAGGCCAAUUUGUUUCCUGGCAACUGUAAAUGAAAAAAUACACGGACUAAACAUAGCCCUGUGCUAUAUCAUGGCCACAGUAUAUUGUAACUUUUGUCUAAUCAUUGAUGUGUCACUUCUAAAGUUUCACAGAAACGAAUGAAUUUUAUCUAUGAUAUGAAUGAGAUAAUUAUGGGAGUGGUAAGAAUUAUGACUUGAAUUCUUCUUUGAUUGUGUUGCACAUAGAUAUGGUAGUCUGCUCUGUAUAUUUUUUUCUUUUAUAAUGUGCUUUUCAUAUUGCUGCAGACCUUAGUUAUAUCCUAGGAAAAAGAACACUUCCUAAAAUAAAACUAAGGUAUCAUCCUUAUCCUUCCCUUUGUCUCUCCCAGAAAUAGGAUGGGGGGAAUUACCUGCCCCAAGUCCUCCCUCACUGAAAAUAUUACUGUACUCUGGAAUUAGAGUAAAACCUUAAAUCUCCAGGUUUUUAAAAGCACAAAAUAUAAAUAAAAGCUGGGAAAGUAAACCAAAAUUCUUCAGAUUGUUCUUCAUGAAUAUAUCCCUUCAUCUGCAACUCCCCGGAGUGAUGAACAGAUUAGUAGAGACAGCUCAUGUGAAUACUCAGCUUGCCUCUAAAUUCAUUCCUCUUCCUCUCAAAGGCUGAAGGCAGGGCCUUUCCAGUCCUCUACCUGCCCUUCCCCCAAGUCCCUCCUAACCCAGGGAUGGAGGCUUUGAGUCCCACGGUGUGGUGAUACCGAGUGCUAGCUAUCACUGCCUGGCUUUAUUUAAAGGAAAUGCCGUUGACUAUAUAGGUCUUGUAUGUUUUUACUUGGUCAAGUAUUUCUCACAUCUUUUGUUAUCCGAGUACCAUUCCAAUCUCUUAACUUACAGUUGUGUGGAAAAACUGUUUUGUAAUGAAAGAUCUUCACUGGGGGAUUGAACAGCAUUUAAUAAAGUCUAUGUUUGUAUUUUGCCUUA